AUGAAGGCAGUUGUUUUGAUCUUGAAGUUUAGCAGCCACAUUCCAACUGGGGAGAUUCGGCUAUGGUUGCGAAUUGACCUAGAGUGGAAUACUGUCGAGAAUCCGUUAAAGCACAACGCACGCGUUGCCAUGCCCUCUGAAGGUGCGGCUACCGGCGCAAUUGAUAUAGUGAUUGCCGUAUGA